AUGGAUAACAGAGAAAGAGAUAGCGCUGGAAGAACAUCAACAGGAAAAUUUUAUCGCUGCGGUGAGAGAGAAAAUGAGAAAUCCUAGCGGCCAGCAAGGUGAACAAUAAGAGGCAGCGGAAAAAAAAGCGAACAGGAACACAACCAACAAAAUUUUUUGUGAGCAAAUAUGACAUUUCUUCCAUAAAACGUGUAAGUAGGAAGUUUCACGUUUUAGUCGCGCAAAACAACGACAAAGAAAUGAACAAAAAAGUGUGCUGCAUGUGCAAAGCUAUUUUUUGCUGUUCUCGUUGCCGUCGCCGUUUCGCAUUACAUGAUUUCAUUUUUGUUUGCGCGAGUAUAUUAACCCUCGGACGUACAAGGGGGGAGGGUGGAUGCUAACAGGGAGGAGAAGGAUGUUUACUAAGGUUCCGCUGGUAUGUAGAAAUGUUACUACCGGUUUGAUAUCAUGACACACUCAGGCUAAUAAGAUGUGGUCACAGUUCUAAAUGCCAUAGACCUAUUUUGAAAUCACUGCCGUUUUGCAAAAAAACACUGACUCAGCACGUGUUUGGAUAAAUAGAAAACUCAAAAUAAAAACAAAUGCAAAUUCAGGCUUAUAAGGCGUGGUCACAGUUUUGAAUGCAAUAAACCUACUUUGAAGUCUCCGCCCUUUUGUAAAAACAACGUGAUUUAGCACGGCUUUGAAAAGUACACUCAAAAUAAUAAUUAACACAUGUUCAAUUUCACAACAAACUCGGCCGCAUAAGGCGUGGUCAAAUAACGUCAUAGUAUUGAUUCAUGUUCAUCGCUAUUUUGUGAAAACACAACAACUUAGCACAUGAUUGGUUUCAAUUUAUCCUCAAAACACCAACAAACCGAAGCUGACAAGGCGUGGUCAAGUCUUUAACGUCAUAGCAUUGUUUCACCGCCACCGCUAUUUUUUGAAAUCGACGCAACUUGGCAGAUGCUCAGUUUCAUAAAACACACAAAACAACAACAAAAUAUGGCUGAUACGGCGUGCUAAAACAACUUCGUUGGUUUGUUUCAUGCCCACCCCUGUUUUCUAAAAACACCACAAAUAAGCAAGCGCUCGGUUAUACAUAACUCUCAAAACUAUAAGCUAAGGCUCAUAAGGCGUGGUCAAAAUCUUUCCCGAAAACAAACAACUUAGCAUAUGGUCGGGAUCACUUAACCCUUUCAGUAAAACAACAACAACCUCAGGCUUAUAAGGUUCAGAUUAUCAGACUUCGAAGACAUAUUUCGCGGUCACCUUCCCUACGGAACAAUUAAAAGUUUUCACUCAAGAAUAUACACAUUUUGCGGACUUUCAAACUGAUUAAAAAGGCGUGGUCAAGUCUUUAAAGUCAUAGACUUGUUUCAUGGCCACUGCUAUUCUUUUUAAAAAACAGUGUUUAAAUAUCAGAGGCCAGUUUAUACAGGAUAUAUUUAAUACCCUUUAUGGGAAGACGUAAGGUUAAGAAAAUAGUUACUCUUAAAUCCAGAGCCAUCUUACACUUUUAAAAAUGAAUAUCAACUCUUUAUGAAGAUUUAACCUUAUUCCAUUCCCUGUCAUUAGUACUUUUUUCUCUUUUUUUUGUUUUUACGCAAGUUGCGUUACAUGGUAAUUAAGUAAUUAUAAGGUGUUUUCAUUUAUUAUCUAGCCGGCGUUUAGAAGAUUAAAGGAAACGCGAAAACUUUAUCUGGGAGGGGUGUUGAGGAUUAUGAUAACACACAAAAUCUUUACUUUUAUAGGUACAGUCAGCUUUGAUGUUUGAAAAGAAAACGAUUUUGCUGUUGUUGUUUUUCAUAUUGUUGUUUUUCAUGUUGUUGUUGUUGUUGUUGUUUUUAAAUCACAGGUGCUCCUAAUCUCGCUUGUUUUCAAGCUAUUUUUGCUCAUAAAGUGGCUGCCUCAUUUGGCUUCACCGCCGGUAUAAAAAAGGCCAAAGGUUCGGAAAAUCUAUUUAGAAAACGGUCUUUAGUAAGCUAAACCGAACACUCUCCUUCACUUCACAGCCAUGCAUUUAAUGCUACCAGACCGAAAGAACGAUAAAAAGAAAAAUAGAAAAGGAACAAAUGGCCAGUUUCGCUACCUCUCAGCGGAAAUGCUGCAGAAAUCUCGACAGAUGAGUAAAGAACAGAACAUGUGGAAAAGGCAAAUCGAAAGAGCAGAGUUCCGAGCUUACGGAACACGUCCCUCUGGUCAAAAAGCUUUGGAUAUGCAAAUCAACAUCAAUGCCACACCAGCCGAACAGUCAAAUGGUCAAGUUAGAGUGCACUAUUGUAGUGAUACGCCUUUGUAUUAUGAAGAAGCAGCAUAUCGUGUCUAUGGAACACCACGUGCGGAUUGCAAGAACGACAAUAAUUGA